AAAGCGAAUAAAUAAGAGAGGAAGGUAAAGGGCUUUAGAGUCCAGCUAGGCAUGCUCGCAUUGCUAAGCACCAGAGGGUUUGGAUUUGGGUUUAAGAAGACUUUCCAGUCCCAUCUCCGCCUCUCUCUCUAUUGGCCUUCCAUGGCUUUCUCUGCUUCCUCUCCAGCUUCUCCUCAACCACCAAAGCGCGUGGGAACACAUAACGGAAGCUUCCACUGUGAUGAAGCUCUUGGGUGCUUCAUGAUUCGUCUAACUGACAAGUUUUCCAACGCCGAGAUUGUUCGGACCCGUGACCCCCAGGUUUUGGAGGGUCUUGAUGCUGUUCUUGAUGUUGGGGGUGUUUAUGAUCCAAGCAGAGACCGGUAUGAUCAUCACCAAAAAGGUUUUGAUGAGGUUUUUGGUCAUGGUUUUUCCACCAAACUAAGUAGUGCUGGUCUUGUUUACAAGCAUUUUGGAAAGGAGAUAAUAGCUAAGGAGCUUCAAGUUGAUGAAGGGCACCCCGACGUGCAUCGAUUAUAUUUGGCUGUCUACAAGAGCUUUAUGGAGGCAAUUGAUGCAAUUGAUAAUGGAAUCAAUCAGUAUGAUACAGAUCAGCCUCCAAGAUAUGUCAAUAAUACACAUUUAUCAUCAAGAGUUGGAAGACUAAACUUAGACUGGAUAGAUCCUGACCAGUCACCUGAAAAGGAGAAUGAGGCUUUUCAACAAGCAAUGGCAUUGGCCGGUAGUGAGUUUUUAAAUAGUCUUCGAUUUCAUUCAAAAUCAUGGUUACCAGCAUGGUCUAUUGUAUUGGAGUGUCUAUCAGCAAGAUGGGAUAUUGAUCCUAGUGGUGAAAUCAUGGUCUUGACUAAAUUUUGCCCAUGGAAGCUUCACCUAUUUGAGCUUGAGGAGGAGAUGAAAAUUGACCCUUUAAUCAAAUAUGUUCUUUAUCAGGAUGAGAGGAGCAAACAAUGGCGAGUGCAGGCAGUUGCAGUAUCUCCUGAUCGAUUCGAGAAUCGAAAAUCUCUACCAUCUCAAUGGAGAGGACUUAGAGAUGAACAACUCUCGAAAGAGGCAGGAAUCCCUGGCUGUGUUUUUGUCCACAGUAGUGGGUUCAUCGGUGGAAAUCAAAGUCACGAGGGGGCUCUGGCCAUGGCAAGAGCUAGCUUGAAGUUUUGAGGAAGAAGAUUUAUUCAGACAGUUUAAAUUUUGAAGAAUUUAUUCAGACGGUUUAAAUUUUUAAGAAUUCUUUAUUUCUCUUUCAUCCCAUUUUCUGUGUCUUGAUAGCAAUUUGACAUUCAUAGUGUACUUUUAUUUAGCAAUUUGACAUUCAAAGUGUA